AGUCAGUUCGUUACCAUCGUGGUGUUCGGAUCUUGUGCUCUGUGUGUGCUUCAUUCCUUUCGGGACGCACAAUUCCUUCCCAAAUCUCUGGGUUGCACUCGCGGGACGUUUUCUCACAUUUCUCGUGUGACCUAUAUAAAAGACAAUUUCCCCAAGAAAAAAAAAUAAGAUCGCAAAGUAAAAAGAAAUCAGUGAUGCAACAAUGCUUCUAACCAGGAUCAAUAGGUGAUCUAUCUCUGGAAGAAAAGACCCUCAUACAGUGUUUCAAUGAUCAUCUAUUCUGAUUUUCUUGUGAAUUUGUCCACAAAGAAUCCUCCACAAUAAGAUCCUUUCCCUUCGCGCACCAAACACCAAUUCUGUGGAUUUACAGUUCUUAAGAAGAAGAAAAAAUUCUCAACACCUCCUCAGUGAUCAUCUCAACAUAUAGUGCCAAGAUCAUUACAGCAGUGACAUAGAAUUUUUCAACAAAUUACUAUAAAUUAAAAUUUACUGAAUGAAUAAUUAACAAAAAAAACGGCAACAAUAUUAAUUGCAAAAGAAUUACAGAAAAGAAUACAUAAAUAAAGAGUUUUUUUUCCUAAUAAGUCUAUGAAUAAAUUGUGAGUGCUUCAGUGGAUUGAAAAAUUGGAAAGGUUUUUUCGCGCAAAAAUUGCUUAACUGAUAAGAAUCCGCGUGUGUUGUGUCUAAGCAUUCAACGGCAAAGACACAAGUGCAUCCAAGUGUGUAAAUUUUGCUUAAUUUCUCACAGAAAAAUUUUCAUACUACGCAUAGAAAAUAAUAUACAAUUUUCACUGCUUUGAAGAAAUAGUCAAUCGAGUUGAAAUCAAGAUGACUUGUGGUGUUUCCUGUGUUGAUCGAGCACUUAAUAGAUCAUUUUUCAAAUUGGGCCAUUUUAUUGGACGACAUCCGGGAUAUUUUAUCAUUGUGCCAGUCCUUUUGGCUCUCCUCUGCAUGACAGGGUAUCAACAAAUUAGGUAUGAAAUUGAUCCAGAAUAUCUCUUCUCACCCAUCCGGGGUGAAGGGAAGUCCGAGAGGGCAAUCGUGGAGCAGUACUUCAAAGUAAAUUACACCCAUCGCUUCAAUGUGGGGCGCAUCACAAGACCAGGGCGCUUUGGGCGCGUGAUCGUGACGUCCAAGGAUGGCGAUAGGAAUAUGCUAAGAGCGGAAAUAUUUCAAGAAUUGAGACUCCUCGAUGAGAUCAUCCAGAAUGCCACUGUAAAUUUUGAUGGGGAAACCUUCACGUAUCGCGAUGUCUGUGCACGCUGGGAGAAUGAAUGCUUCACGAAUGACAUCCUCAACUUGGAUCACAUAAUGAAUGAAAUUGAGACGGGGGAAUUAAAUUUAACCUUCCCAGUGAUGUUUAAUCCCGUCACGUGGGAUGCCCAUGCAUUUCCUGUUUUCUUCGGUGGCACCCAACUAUCGGCUGAAAAUACCAUCAUCAGUGUACCAUCAAUACAGCUUGUUUACUUUGUCACAGCAGACACCAAAAAGCAGGAUAUUAGAGGAGCUUCUUGGGAGGAAUCAUUUUUGGAUGCUGUGGGAAUUGCCGAAGAUACUGGCCUAUUUAAGCAUAUAUCAGUGGCUCGAUUUGCCUCACGGACACUUGAUCAUGAACUUGAGAAAAAUACACGAACUGUUGUGCCCUACUUCAGUUCCACCUUCAUUCUAAUGGCAAUUUUCAGUGUAAUGACAUGCAUGAUGGGCGAUAGUGUGAGAUCGAAACCCUGGCUUGGAUUGAUGGGAAACAUAUCAGCAGUGAUGGCAACGAUGGCAGCUUUCGGCUUAGCCAUGUACCUCGGAAUUGAGUUCAUUGGAAUCAAUUUAGCGGCACCAUUCUUAAUGAUUGGAAUUGGAAUUGACGACACCUUUGUUAUGCUGGCAGCCUGGCGACGAACUUCAGUAAAAGCUUCAGUGCCCGAUAGGAUGGGCCAGAUGCUUUCUGAAGCAGCUGUCUCCAUCACAAUAACAUCCUUGACAGACAUGAUAUCCUUCUGGAUUGGUAUCAUUUCACCCUUUCCCUCAGUCAGGAUCUUCUGCACCUACAGUGGAUUUGCCGUUUGCUUCACAUUCCUCUGGCACAUCACCUUCUUCGCAGGAUGUAUGGCCAUAUCGGGAUACAGGGAGUACCGCAAUCUCCAUGCAAUCUUCGGAUUCAAAGUCUCUCCUGUCUCUGUUGCAAUUAAAGAGAAACGAUCAUGCCUUUAUCGAGUCCUGAUGAGUGGUGGGAUCAACAGAGAUGAUCCUGACAAUCCUGUGGACAAUCGGGAGCACAUGCUGAUGGCAUUCUUCAAGAAUCGCGUAGCAUCGCUCCUCAACAAGGCAUGGAUGAAAGCUUUCGUAAUUAUUGUCUUUGGAGCAUACCUCCUUGGAGCCUGUUUCGGCUUGACCAACAUUGAGGAGGGCCUGGAGAGGAGGAAACUCUCAAAAGCUGACUCCUAUUCUGUUGAAUUCUUCGAUCGAGAAGAUGAAUUUUAUCGAGAAUUCCCAUAUCGCAUACAAGUGAUCAUAACGGGGGAUUUAAAUUAUUCCGACCCAGUGGUGCAGAAUCAAAUUGAAACUUUGACUCAGAACCUGGAGAAUACUUCGUACGUCACAACAUCCCUAUACACCGAAUCCUGGAUUAGAUCCUUCCUGUCGUACGUUGAGAGAAAUGGGGACUACCUCAAUGUAACGAUAGAUUCGGAGCAAACAUUCAUAGAAGCCCUGAAGGAGUUGUGGCUGUUCCCAGGGAAUCCUUUCUCCCUGGAUGUGAAAUUCAAUGAGGAUGGAACUAAAAUCCUGGCGUCGCGCUUCCUCAUUCAAGCUGUAAACAUCAGUGGGACGAAUCAUGAGAAAACCAUGGUGAAGGAUUUGCGAAAGAUCUGCCAUGACUCCCCCCUCAAUGCCACCGUCUUCCAUCCAUACUUUGUCUUCUUCGACCAAUUCGAACUCGUACGUCCAACUUCCAUCCAGAGUAUGGUAAUUGGAGCCAUCAUCAUGAUGCUCAUCAGUUUCAUCUUUAUCCCCAAUAUUCUCUGCUCCCUCUGGGUGGCAUUCAGCAUUGUAUCCAUUGAACUGGGUGUAGCUGGCUACAUGGCGCUGUGGGACGUCAACCUGGACAGCAUAUCAAUGAUCAACCUCAUCAUGUGCAUUGGAUUCUCAGUGGACUUUACAGCUCACAUCUGCUACACGUACAUGUCGUCUAAAGCCAAAAAUCCCGACGAUCGUGUCCGGGAAGCUCUCUACUCCCUGGGCCUGCCCAUUUGCCAGGGAUCCUUUAGUACAAUUCUCGGUGUUGUUGCUCUCCUCCUUGCGGACAGCUACAUCUUCCUCGUCUUCUUCAAGAUGGUGUUUUUGGUGAUAUUCUUCGGUGCCAUGCAUGGACUCUUCCUCCUACCCGUACUCCUGUCACUCUUUGGACCCGGUUCGUGUGGAAGUCCCAAAUCAGCGGAAAAAGAAAUGAAACUUUCCGCCGUGGAAAAGUCCUACCCGCAUCCAUACUGCAUCCCACAUCCACAGCUCGCCCUCACGGGGCCAUUUGGGAGCAAAAAUUUCCUCGGGGCACCGUAUAAAGCCUAUGGGGAUGACAAAGAUCUCGGCAUUGGGACAUCCGGAGAGGAUUCCAGUGAGAGCAGCAGCAGCAAGUCUCAGCGUCGUCAGGCGAUUGAGGAUGAGAAUACACGAAGACGAUAUGAGGAGGGAUGGCGUCGAUCGUGGCACAAUGUUGCCGCCAAUGGGGGAAGUACUCCGAGUCAAUUUCAACCACCAGUCCUCGAUCUCUAUGGUCACGAAACGGAGCGACUAUGGACAACGGGGCGACGCUACUACGACGACACGUACCUAACGCAGAGACGCAACGACUCAACGUACAGACGCAACUCAGAUGAGAAGGCGACGCAGUAUAGAGCAAAGUAUGGGGAGCAUGAUGAUCUACGAUAUUUCUAUGAACCAGACACCCAGAGGCGUAGGUAUUCGGAUGAGACGAAACGGAGAGUGAGCGACGAACGACGACCAAGGCGAUACUCACCGCCAGAAGGUAUCUACAAACCCAAUCCCAAUAGGUCUUCGUCGCAGCACAACUUGUACUACCCACGACAACCACAGAGGACUAAUUCUCAGCACAGUUUACGCCAUAUGGGCGAUAUGAGGUUUCCCUGACAAUGUGCACUGAAGAAGCGCAUUGAACACGUUGUCAGGGAUACCGACAUCACCUCAUGGAUCUAGAGAUUGUCCCUCCAGUCAUUAUCAGAAUCUCAUCCUUUCUUUUCUGCUUCCUUCCUUCCUUCCUUUCGUAUCCCUUCUUCGUUCUUUUAAACAAUUCAAGUGACAAAGAAAGUUGCUCAUUAGCUGAUUCCUUAUUUAGAAAGAAUUCUAAUUAACUCAAAUUCAUUACAAUUCGAUCAUUAAAUCCCCCCUAAAAAAUAUUUUUAAAUUUCCGCUCCCUGAUUUAGAUUAAUUAUUAAUUUAAAAAAAGAGAAAAGUUUUCAAAGAAAAUCGACAAUGAGCAAUUUCUGAAAAGGAUAUCAAACAAUCCGAUUAACUCUAAUUAAUGGGAUCUAGUGAGUAUUUAAAGAGUAAUGUGUACAUUAUAGUUGUAACUAAACUACCAUGACAAAUUUGAUGAUAGACCAAAUCCGGGAAUUAUUUAUGUGACUCAUCCACAAAAUGAGUAUUUAAUCUAUUUUUCUUCAUUCUUCACUCUUCUCGUCAUUUUAUCUUGUCUUUUAUUUUUCUGGGGAAACUGUAAUAGAUUUAUUAAUGUAUGAUGGAUAUUAGAAUGGAGUCAGUGGUGUAGUAGGCUUUUUCCCAAUUUUUAAUCGAUAACUUUGUCAUAGUUAUGUAAUUUUUGUAGGUUUUUUAUUAGAAUAAACUUUUGAUAUGGUGUGUAAAAAAUAAAUGUAGUCUUGAUAAUAAUUAUUAUAAAAAAAAUAAAAAGAAAAUGUAUAAUUUUAAAGAAAAUCAUUUCUAGUGAAGUGUUCUUUUUUUAUCUCUUUGACUUAUUGAAAAAAAAAGAAAAGGAUAUUAAUGUAUAAAUUGUAUGUUAUUUAAGUCACUUUUAGUAAGGAAAAUAAAUUUAUAUACAUAAGCUAAA